AUGGGAUCAUCCUCACAUCUCCAUGCGCCACCGUUCCAAGCUGGAAAGUACAUCAUUGAUUCAGGUUCGCCAAUAACUAUCGUACCGGUCGGGCUAGAAGAGAAAGGUAAAGCUUCGAUCGAUUCUGGUUUACGAGACGCCAGCGGAAAUCAAAUCAGAACGUUUGGGAAGACCAUCGUCACAGUCCCCAUUAACGGAGAAAAAUAUUCGUUCCCGGCAACUCAGUGUGAUGUCGUCCGACCAAUCUUGGGUCGGGAUUUUUUCAGAGGACCCGGGAAAGACAUGUUGUUGGACAUUUGCAAUUCAAAAAUAGUAAAGCGUUCCAAAAAUUACUCUUGUACGUCUCCUGUUAAAAUGAAUGAUUCUAACGUAGUUUGUGCGCUAGAUACCCCAACCUUGAACUCUUGGGCAACAACCUUUGUGCCAAAAGCAAGUCUGGAG